ACAACGCCAAACUAUCUUCUGUCCAUUUGCCACCCUCUUCAGUAGGAGAAUACAGGGAAGUAGUGUGGAAUAAACCCAAGGGUUUGGCUGUCUGUGAGGCCGCCGGAUUAUUCAUGUCUUCUACCUCAGCGUCCGCAACAUCCACUCACUCAAAUGGUCUGCAAUUGUGGGUUAAUGAGACGCGUCGGCAGCUCGCACUGGCCACUCAAGAAGAUGAAUUCACCCACUACGUUCAGUCUAAUGGUUUCAACUGGUUGGCUAGUUACGUUCAAGGUGUAUUGAGUGACGAGUCUAUUGUCGAACUUGCAAAAACACCAGGCAGGCAAAAGUCCGCCAGGAAAACUCGCUCACACAUGGUGGCUAAGGCGGCAUCUGCCGUUAAACUCAAAUCCAUCAAUGAUCAGCUUCAACGCGAGAAAGAGUUUUCAAAGCCGUUAUCACCGAUAUAUUCCCCAAAAAACUUCAACGAGCCCUCAUUCGAGCGAAGAACAGUGAUAGCGAUGAAGAUUCUGAGAACGUUGCGCCGUUGCCAGCUGUCAAACCUCACAUGGCUCGCGUCAGAAGCGGCUCCCCUGCUGUUUUUGUUCCAAAACGAGGAAAAAGUGUGAACCUUGUCGCGUCGACGCCCCCCUUGUCUUCCAAGAAGACACCCCAUUUACUUGGCCCCCAGUCUCCAUCUCCCGCGAGGUUGCUUCCUGUACAGCAGAUUCGGGUCGUGGGGAACCCCCUGCCUUUCCC